GUCCUCUAACGGCAAAAAUAAGAAAAAGUCAGUCAUAUUUGUACAAGAAGGACAUCUAUUGUAGUUUUAUAAAUGGCUGAAAAUUUAAAGAAUUUUGGAAGUGUAGUGUUUUACAACCGGCAUAUAAUUUUUAAAGCGAUAUUCUCAAAUACUAAACAAUUUGUCACGAUGUCUGAAUCAUUGAAUAAAGUACCCGAUGUGGAUAUUGAUGGGCACGGAAGAUUUAAAUAUAUCUUAAUCAACGUUUUUGAUGAAGCUAAUAACGUUAGCAAAUCUAUUGUCAGAGGUUAUGCUAGAGCUCAGUGGCAUAGAACUCGUGGAUUACCAGCGUCGCCAAACGCAUACUUUUACGUGUCACAAAGGCCGUCACAGGCACACGCCUCGAUUAACCAGAAUCCGACGACCUUUGCGCCAGUUGGAGCCGGAGAGAGCUUCCAAUUCGUAGCAAAUCUGAACGUUUUCGUCCGAUUGCAAAGCUUUACACCGAUCGCUUUGGAUCAACAUUUUCGAAGCCGAUGUGUUUGAACUGGUAGAUUAGGUUUUUGGAACAGUUGAGUUGUGUAACGUUGAAAUUGACAGAUAAGAUGAAUCGAAGAAGCUGAAUUCAGUGCUUUUAAGAAGCAUGAUAACGUAAUUGAGUAUGAGAUGGAAAGUAUUAUUAUGAAUAAAAAAUUUUUAUUCUAUUCCAAUUUAACAUAAUGUUUGAAGGUAAAAAUAGUUUAUAAUAGUUGAUUUUCUGUUUAUCAAAAACUGGUUAUUGAUUGAAAAUUAAAGCUACAAAUAUGAAAAGUAAUUUUUUAAAAAUCAAUAGGCUUUAUGAGAGACUUUAUGGAAUUCUAUUCUAACUUUUGUUUAAAUUUGUUGGAUUCUUGGAACACAUUAGUGAUUUCUUUUAACUGAUGGUAUAUAUUUAAAAAAAAAAAAUAGGAUUAAUUAAGGAUUUUGUCAAUGAAAAGUAGCUUAUGCUUAAAUUUUUUUUUAAAAAAAGAAAUAACGAUUUUAAAUAUAAAUCGUAUUUAUGAUGUUGUUUCAUAACCAUGCUGAAAGUGGGUACCAUUUCCGAUAUUGCUUUUAGCAUUUAUAGAAAUGAAAUUUAUUAAUUUAGAGAAUUGGAAUUCUGGAAUUGACUUUAACAUAUGGUGAUCAUUUAAAACUUGAUUUAUUGCAAUCUGAAUUUAUGAAUUUUUUUUGUAAUUUUUUUAUUUUCCACAUAAAUUUCGGAGAUAAAAUCAACCAGUUAAGCUAUUUUGCUAAAAUAAAAUCCUCAAAUGAUAAUUUUUUACUUGUAUUUUAUCAUAUUUCAAAAUUAAAAACAUAAACGUUUCAAAGAUUUUUAACUUUAUUUCAAGAUUAAAUAAAUAUUAAUAUCAUAUAUCAUAUAUUUAUCUAAAAUAUAUCUUUUUAUAUUAUCCAUUCUUUAUUAUUUUUUUUCUAAAUAAAUUAUACACCCAGUAUAAAAUCUAUUAUUAUAUAAAACUACUUGUAAAAAUUGUUUUUAAUAUUACAUUUGUAUGUGUAAUCAUAUAUAUGAAUGAUAAAAAUUACACCAUUUCUCUAUGUUGAUUAAAUCUUUUUAAUUUUCUUAUGAUUCGUUUAAGAGAAAUUUAAAGAACAAAGGGAAUCGAGAAAAGUAAUUUUUCAAAGUAAAUUCUUUCUUUCUUUCUUCAACGAUAAUCUAUUAAUUUCUCUAUAAUGAAUCAGAAGCAUAUCUUACAAUUAUCGUUUUACGAUCAUGGUUCCUUUAUUGAUCGUUAAAUAUUUUAUUAUAUGAAUUCAACUUCUGUAAUCCUUUCUUAGUCAGUCAUUAAUAAUGUUUGUGCUACGAUGACAAGCACAAAUAUCUGUCUUGCUUUAUUAGCUUUUCUGAUAUUACUUGGAAUCAAUAAUUAUAAAUUUAACUUAUAGAAAAUUAUAUGCUGUAAUUUCAUGUUUAUUUUAAAUUAUUAUUUCAACAUAUUAAUUAUAAUUCAUAGCCAAUAUGAUAAUAUAAAGGAAAUAAUUAUUUAUUUAACAUUAGAAUUAUCAAGCUUAAUCAAAUUUAUUUGUUUUUGUUACUACUAAAAAUCUGCAUACGUUUCUGAUAAAAUUAUUAAUAUUUAUUCAAGUAGAAACAAUUAAUGAUAAAUGUAUCAAUUUUAUAAUAUUUUUAAUUACUUGUAUUUAAUAAACAUGAAAUGUAUUAUUAUGCACAUUAUAAAUAUCAAUUUAUAAAUAUGCAUUUCUCAAAAUAAUUUGUACGUCAUUCAUAUUAUUUUGAUUAUAGAAUAUCAUUUAUAUUAAUCGACUCCUUUAUAUAUACUUAUACUUAUAUUUUUCUCAUUUCAGAUGAUAUUUUCGAUGAGACUGGAGAACAAGUGAAACCGAUUUCCGGUUUGCAACUCAAAUGCCUUGGAGGUGGAAGAAUAGAACAUGAUCCC